AACCAUGACAACAGUCACAACAAUUAUUUCAACAUCUUUAUAGAAAUAAUUACUAUAUAAAGAAAACUUAAUAUAUCUAUAUUUUUUAGGUUGUUUAAUUUUAGAAAGGUUUAAUUUUAUAAGAAUAUCAUCAAGUGUCAGAUAAUUAAAAUGUAUUCCAGUGCAAAUGUAGCACCACCACCACCAGGAUUUCCUCAAUAUCAUCCACUACAAAACCAAUAUCCACCAGCUGGUAAUCAAAAUCAAUAUCCACCAGUUGGUUAUCAAAGCCAACCAUAUCAAUAUGACCAAUAUAAUAUGUAUCAAUAUCAACCUCAAAUGCCAGCACAUCAAAAUCAGGGAUAUCCUGCAAUUCAAAAUCCAAACUACCCACCUUCAUAUUCACAGCCAGGUUAUGGACACGUUAUUCAACAUCAACCCGGCGCUUAUCAACCAUCUCUUCAAGUGGUCGCUGAUGGAUGGAUGGCUAUUCCUCAAGCUAUACCACAAAACUGUCCAAAUGGACUUCAGUAUCUUUCAACAAUCAAUCAGUUAUUUGUUACACAACAAGUGGAAGUUAUAGAAACGUUAGUGGGGUUUGAAACAAAUAACAAAUAUUCAAUUAAAAAUGACGCUGGUCAAAAAGUAUAUUAUGCUGUUGAGGAGAAUGAUUGUUGUACACGAAAUUGCUGUGAUGAAAUACGACCAUUUGAAAUGAAGAUUUUGGAUAACUAUCAGAAUGAAGUUAUCCAUUUAUCACGACCUUUAGCAUGCCAGUCCUGCUGUUUUCCUUGUUGUUUACAGAAAAUGGAAGUAUUUUCACCACCUGGGUGUUUGGUUGGAACUGUCGAACAAAAUUGGUCUAUUUUAAAACCAAUAUUUACUAUCCGUAAUGCAGCUAAUGAAGAAGUAUUGAAAAUUGAAGGACCAAUAUGUGAAUACAGUAUGUGUGGAUGUGAUGUUGAAUUUAAAAUAUUAUCUAAAGACAAAACCACUGUAAUUGGUCGUAUAUCCAAACAAUGGUCCGGAUUUUUGAGAGAGGUAUUUACUGAUGCCGAUUUCUUUGGUAUUACUUUUCCUAUGGAUCUGGAUGUUCAAAUGAAAGCCGUUAUGCUAGGAGCUUGUAUGUUGAUAGAUUAUAUGUAUUUUGAAGAUUGAAGAGUGAUGAAAUGCAGAAAUUGAUGGUAUUGGACUUUGUUAGUUUAAUUAUCUUCCAUUGUUUGUAUAAAGACUAUAAUGUACAACUUUAAAUCAAACAAAUUUAAUGCAUUUACUUAUUAUGUUAUUUUCUUUAAAAAUAACUUAAUUUAAAAUACUAAAACUUUAUUAUUUAUUGUAGUUUAUGAAAUACAAUUUGAAAACAAUUAUAAUUACAAUUUUUGUUAAUUGUAAAAGAUACCAUAAA